GGGUGGCAGAGAAACUGAUAGAGAACUUUCAAAGCUCCUUUUCUCCACCUUCACUCAACUAGCCUCUAUAUUGCAGUCUCAAACUGAAGUCUUAUAAUUUUCUAAAGCUUUAGUUAUCUUCCCAUAUGAAAGAUUGUUUACCUCAUAUUUUUCUGUCUUCUCUGGCGGUACCAUGUAGGUUUCCCUACAUCAACACUUUCAACCCCUCCUUCCACACAGCUGCUCCUUUUCUUCUGCUCUAUCUCAUUUUCUUUCUCUUUAACCUCCCCUUUUUGCCUCUCCCUCUUCUCCUAAUUAAUUUUCGUGUGACUCUGUUCAUCUUUUUUUAUUUUUGCAGGAGACCUGAGAAGAACCCCUUAGACCUCAAUAACUUGCCCGACGACUACACUAGGGAUGGUAAACAGGCCUUUGAAGAAGGCUCCUACUCCGGCUAUAGGAAAAAGAAAAGCGGCGCUAAGGAUGGGAAAGAUGAGUGCGGGAAGGUCUAUGAAUGUAGGUUUUGUUCCCUCAAGUUUUGCAAAUCACAAGCUCUUGGGGGACACAUGAACCGCCACCGACAAGAAAGGGAGACAGAGACACUGAACCGGGCUCGCCAGCUGGUCUUCAAUAGCGAUAACUUGGCCACCCAAGGGCAUCUAGGCUGUCAUCCAAGCUACCAUCCAGGAGGUAACGUUGGUGAUCCAAUACUACCAUUCAGAUCAGUUUACCCACAAAUAUUGUUCUCUGGUUCUUCAUCAACGCUAAUGCCACCACCAUUACAGCCACCGCAAUCAUAUUUACACCCAUCACCGUCACGCCUCAGCUCCUACACUUCUCAAUACCCAACUCACUCUAUCAACGACUACUAUGUAGGACAUGUCCUCGGAAACAGCAGUUCAUCACAAUACCCUCACCAAAACCUAAACUACCUUGGUGCACCAGACUCUAACUACACUUGCAUUGGGGCACCAGUCGGACAAGGUUUCGGGCCUGGUUCGGGUAGGGGAGCGGACUUGGGUGGAUCAGGAGAAGGCGUUGCUGGUGGUAGAGACGUGUCACUAAGCAAUCAGGAACAGAGAUUGAAUUGGGGUAGGAGCUAUGCAGGAGUGACACAGCAGCGUUUGGAUCAUCCUUCAACGAUCAAUCGAUUUCAGGACGGGUUCUAA